AUGAAUUCGAAUGGCAACCGAAGAUCUUCCUCUGUGCCUCCAAAUCCUUUUUGGUCCCAAGAUGCUCAGAUGGAACAUACUUUGCAAACCCUUCGGCCUUUAGAUCUAGAUGCUCGAAAUACUCCAGUUCCAAAUGACCAUGACUUGGAUUCCUCCCCUAGACCCUUGCAACAGUUGCCAAGCGGUGAGCAGGGGCAGGGAGGUGUGGAGCAAGUGGCAUCUUUUGAGACUCCAGGCAGCAUGCGCGGCAAUGGGGGUCAUGAUGGUGAAGAGGCCGAGGUUGAGACCAAGGAUGGUGAGCGGGGCUUGGAGACGGUGCCUUGUCUCGAUGGAAGGGAUGGAACAACCACACGAGCAUGGAAAAGAAGAGCACAGAGUAGUGUUGCCAAUGGUGAAAUGAAACAUGAAGAAAAUGGGGCAUCAGAAAGUCAUGAGAAGAAAUUGGAGGAUGAUCUAGGGGAGCAUGUACUUUUGCAUUUCCAGCAAGAGACUGUGCGGCUGCAGAACCAGAAUCAAUUGUUGGUCAUGGAGAUUCAGCGUAUGAAAGAGGAGAGGGAGAACCAACAAAGACUGGCUGUUCCGUCGUCUUGGAAUGGGGAUGUCAAAACAACUGCAAUGUCACCUCCUAGAAAGACUCCAGUUACCAAUGAAUCACAUGCAUGGAUGUCACCUCAGACCUUCAGAUGUACUCCAAAUGGAACUAGAGUACCUAGUGGACCACCACCUCCUGACCCACCGCCACUUCCUGCGUGGCCUCCGGAGCUUGGAAACUAUGAGAUUGCCGUGGAACCUCCACGAAAGCUGCGAGGUGUCAUGGGUGAUGCAGGCUACAGGGUGCGGGAGGGAGCAUGUUCGCCAAGGUCAGCUAGGCACUUUUGGUUGGAGCAAGAAGUAGCGUCUUUGAAGGAGAGACUGGAACAUGAGGCAUCAAGGAACAGGUCGUUUCAAGGUGCAUACUGGUCAAAACAUUUUCAGACAGAACGAGAAAAGGCUUUUGAGAAUCAUGAAGCAGUGUCAUGCAUGCGUCGGAAUGCUGGGUUGGAUAGUGCUGGCAUGGGGAUUGGAGUGCAUGCGCAUGGUGAGCAAGUUCAUCGAGAUCGGGCUAGCAUAGCAUGUGAGUUUGGAGCGGAACGUCUUCAAGAUCGGGCUAGCCUUGAGCAGGCUCAUGGUGAUCCACGUCUUGGUGUGCGGGCCCACUUUGAGCAUGUGCUUGGGGAUCAACGUCUUGGUGAUCGGGCUCCCUUAGAGCAAGCGCUUGGUGAUCAAUGCCUUCCUGAUCGGGCUGGCAGCAUGGAGUCGAUGCAUGGAGCUGUUCCACAAGCAGUUCAAGCUGGUGCUACCCCAGGGCAGGGUCUUGGUGAUGUAUUUCAACCAGCUCGGGCUUGCAAUACCCCUGGGCAGGGUCUUGGUGAUGUAUUUCAACCAGUUCGGGCUCGCAACACCCCUGGGCAGGGUCUUGGAGAUCUUUCAAAAGAAGCGUUGGAUGGUGGCCUUCUUCAUAAUCGAGCUCUACGGCAUGAGCGUGAAGUUGUUGAAGAUGGAGACUUGAAGAGCGUCCCCAUUCAACUGCCCUCUCUACCUGCUCCUGAAGGUCGUGACGCUAGCUUGGAAGCUGGGGAUUGGCUCAUUCAGUUGGAGCCAUUGAUUGGCGAUUUGUCAAAGCAUGCGGCCAGCUGGUGGAGGAGGGUGAUGGAAUCAACUACAACUACAUAUGGCCGGUGGCUUCAUGCGGAUCCACUGUCCAGGCUGAAGAUCACGGCACCUGAGAAUGGCUCUUUGUCCGCUGGUUUUGAGCGGUUGGAUCAAAGGGUGACAAGCCUUUUGCUGCAGAGCGUUCCCAAGGCCAUCAAGGAUGAGAUCAUUGCCACCAGAGAGCUUUCCACAACUGCCAUUCUUUUUAGAGUGAUGCGCACCUAUCAGCCUGGAGGACUUCUUGAAAAAUCACGGCUGCUGGAAGAUUUGACCACUACGCCAGUCACAAAGACCAGUCAGGAUGUGGUUGCAGCGCUGAGGUUGUGGAAGAGGAAGGCAUCCAGGGCAUCAGAGCUUUGUGCACAGCUUCCAGAUCCACUGCUGCUCAUCAGAACGCUGGAUGGCAUUGCAAAGCCAGUGGUUGAGAGCUCAUCCCAAGCCAACUUUCGCAUAGCAACGUUUCGCAUGAACUACAGCUUGGACAUCAGGCCGUCACUGGCAAAUGUAUGGCUUUUCUAUGACCUCCUUCUGGCUGAAGCGGAGGUUGCAGUGCACUCUACAUCAACGGCAUCAACAAGUGAGGCCAAGAACUCCACGAAAGCUGCAGUAAAGAUUAUGCAAGGCUCCACUACCACAAAGACCACAACAGCAGGAACGACCACGUGGCCUUGCAAAUUUUGGCUUUCGGAUGGAGGUUGUCGACAAGGUCAACGAUGUCGCUGGCCACACCCAUGGGAAGGUGUCUCAGAUCGCAGUUUGCGAUGUUCCAACUGCAGCUCCAAUCAGCAUCUUCAAGCAGAAUGUCCUUACAAAGCACAGGUGAAGCCACCUGUGGGGGGAGAAGGUGAUGAGAAUGGAGGUGGAAAAAAUCCUGACAAGGGAAAAGGAAAAGGAAAAAACAAAGGAAAAACUAAGACAGAGGCUCAGAAGGGCAACAAAGAAAACACGUCUCAAACUGAUGGCAAGAAGGAGGAUGGUGUGAAGACAGCUGGAAGCAUUGUUGAGGAGGAUGUCAAGGAAAAUGAUGCAGCGACAGCGUCUGGGGGAGGUAGCGUGAGCAAUGGGAAGAAGCCUGAUGGUGGAGGCAACAGCAACAACACCAAUGAGCUGCUUCAGGAGGCAACGAAGUUGCUGAAGUCUCUUCACCUACCCUCGGCCAAGAUGAUCAUGCUGCAGGAGAUUGGAGAUCCUCAACAAGGCCCAGCUGACUUGAUGCUUCUGGAUAGUGGGGCCACUCACGCUUUGAGAAGAGCCAAAACUUGGAGCGAGUGGGAUGAUGCGGAGCACACGGUGGUGGCGUUAGCUCAGGGCACAACGACUAGCCUGCGCAUCAAACAUGGCACAGAAACGCUGCUCUCUACACCGGAUGAUGGUAGCUUUGGUAACGGCAUUUUCCCGAUGGGAGCGUUGACCAAGCUGGGCUACGAGAUCACUUGGACCGGGGGAGACUGCAGAAUGAAGAAUGGCCAUGGGGAGAAUGUGGAGGUCACAGUUGUCAAUGGUUGCCCUAUGAUCAAUCGCCGGUUUGGCAUGCAACUGAUUGAUCAGCUUGAGAAUGAGAGCAGGUUGACAAGAGCGAGGAGUGCAUUGGUGAGGGCGCUGAUACAACAACCCACGCUGCUGAAAAAUCUCCCAGAUCUGGACUCUGAGACGCUGCUGAUGGUGUUCAUGAAGAAAGAGUUCCCGGACCUUCCUGAUACAGUAUGUCGCAAAGUGGUCCGGAGAUCUUUGGAGAUUGACAGUGAGCAGCUGCCUUGGAAUAGAUGGAUGCGUCGUAGAAUGCUCCGAGCUCAGCGAGUAAUCUUGCAUCUCUACAGUGGCAAGGAUCAAAAAACUUGGCUACAACUUGAAGAUGCCAACACUAUGGUGGUGUGCCUUGACCGCGCCAUCAACCCCAAAAUGGACAUGCUGAAUGACCAUGUCAUGAUGUUUCUGAUGAAGAUUGCGGUGAGUGGCAAACUUCAUGCUAUCUUUGGAGGUCCUCCUUGCAGAACGGUUUCUGCCUGUCGCUAUGCAGAUGACAAGGGACCGAAGCCUGUCAGGAGCGAAGAAGAGCCUUUUGGGUUGUCCACUCUAACACCUCAACAACGUGAAUGGGUGGAGGAUGAUGUCACGAUGAUGUUUCGCAUGAAGUUGCUCUACAUGACUGCGGAGCACCACAAACCAGCUUGGUGCAACAAGGUCCUCUUUGCCAUGGAGCAGCCUCAAGAUCCCUGUGAGUACAGAUCUCAGCAGGAUGUCAACAAGUACAAGUUCAUGAGUGUAUGGCGCACGACGGCUUGGAAACACUUUCAAGAAAAGUAUGAGUUGGUGAUCACGUCUUUUGAGCAAGGAGCUUAUGGACAUGUAAAGCCCAAGCCAACCAGCUUUGGCCACAACAUCACUGGCUUUGAGCAGCUGCAUGGCGCCAAGACUCAACGUGAAACUGGUCAUCAAGACACUUGGAGACAUCAAUCGCUGCCACAGAGGAUUGCUGAAUCUGCCACGUGGUCCGAAUGGGCUCCGGGCGUCAAAGCAGCAUUGCUGGAAGGUUUAAGGAGAAACCUUUCCCAGCUGAAUGAUGGGCGUUGUCACCUUGGGGCACUGGGCUCUGCGGAGGAGGCACCUCGGGACUCCAAUGGUGAUGACGUAAAGCCCAAAGAAUGUGGGGCUCAACUAUGCCCACUCUCAGAAGUUCUGGUGAAAAGAAAGUCUUGGAAUGAACGCUAUGCAGCAUGGAGGUGGGAACGAGCUCCUGGGCGUGUCAUGGGCCCUGAUCCUUGGUCUUCCUUGACAUCUGGUGGCUACUGCGUUCAAUUGGAGGAUGGCAAGUUUUUGGCCUCAACUGACGUGGUGGUUGAGAACGAGGAGCUGGGCAAUCAUGCUGAUGUUGACAUAGUAGUUCAAGAGAGGUUUCAUGCAGCUCGAGACCAACACCUGGCUGAAGCUCCAAGAAGGUGCCUGCGAUACAAACAAGGCGUCCCACAAGUUGCAAAAAUCGAGUUGGGUUCCAACUCGGGGGAGCAUGGGUGGUCAAAGUAUGAACAACAACAUGGACAACAAGGUGAUGAUCUAGAAGAAAAGCGACUCCUAUGUAUGCACAAGGAAAUUUCCACAGUUUUGUCUGAGGAGUGCUUCUUGAUGGAUGAUAUGGAUGUGGAGCAAGCAUCGUGCAUUCCUUCACUGUCUAUGUUGGCACAUCAGAAGUUCGAUGUGGAACUUCAACUACGAGCUUUGGACCUUGAGAAAAAGCACAUGGCUGAGGAAGAGAACUUUCUUGUCACAAAGACAGUCACUGCAGAGCAAGUGUACAAUGAGUGGAACGACUGGAAAGAGGCCAUGAUGAGUGAGUAUCGGUCCAUUGUGGAGGAGAAACGGGCAGUGCGCCAAGUUUCACGAGGCGAAGCUCAACAGUGGGCUUGUGAUGGAGGAGUCAAGUAUGAGGAGCUGCGGAGCAAGGUGGUCUUCACGAGAAAGAUGGGUGGCAAGAGGAAAGUGAGAGCAUGCAUCUGUGGAAACUUUGAGGAUGAGGUGGCCACAGCGACCUAUGCUGGAGGUUGUGAUGCAUCACAGAUCCGAUGCGUCGCUCGUCAUGCGGCAUUGAAACGAUGGGCAAUCUUCACCACAGACAUAAAAUGUGCUUUCCUCAAUGCUGAGAGAAAAGAUCGAUCGAAACUCAUCGCCAUGACCAUCCCCUCCAUCUACGUUAAGCUUGGUGUGGCUACGUCUCAGGAUGUGUGGUUGGUCGAUGCAGCUAUGUACGGCUUAGUUUCCAGCCCACGUGAUUGGGCUGACCAUCGGGAUCAGGUGAUUCCAACUAUGACCUGGCUGAGAGAAGAAGCUGGCAGGCGUUGGAAGGGUAGCUUUCAAAGAGCGGCUGAUCAACACUUGUGGCAUUUGAGCGAGAGGUGUCAGGAAACGGGGGAGGAAAAAGAUCGGGGCAUCAUGACAGUUUACGUCGACGAUGUUUUGCUGGCUGCUGAUGAGAAGACAGCUCAGUGUGCUUUGCAGGCGAUUGCAGCGGUUUGGGAAUGUGCUCCAGCUGAACGGGCCACUUUGCAAUCAUCAGUGUCUUUUUGUGGCUUUGAGAUUCAGCAGAACGAGGAUCUGCAUGGAGGUGGUUUCAGACUUCAUCAACAUAGCUAUGAGGAGGAGUUGGCAAAGAAAUGGAAUGUGACUGAAGUCCGACGUCAGUUAGACUUCAAGUUGCCCACUCCUGAAGAAGAAGCUGAGGUUCAGCGCUCGGAAGAUGCAGAGUUGGUGAGGAAGGCUCAGGCAUGCACGGGUGCCUUGCUAUGGCUUGCCACAAGAACCAGACCAGAGAUUUCAGUGGGGGUCGCAGCUAUGUCGAGGCUGUGCACGAAGAUGCCUGAACUUACCAUAUCCAUUGGCAACAAGAUCAUUGCCUAUCUUCAAAGGCCCACGUUGGGUUUGAUCUAUGCAGCGACUGUUGGUCCGGUUCAUGGUGCACGAGAUCAACUUGAUCUGCCUAGAUGUGAACGCACUGUUGAGGCUUUCUCAGACAUCUCCUAUGCUUCAACAAAGGGCUAUCGAUCAGUCCAAGGCCAAGUGUACUUCUACGCUGGCGCUCCAAUCAUGUGGAGCACCAACAGACAGCCAUUUCCAACACAGUCCACAGCGGAGAGCGAGCUUGUUGGUCUCUGCGAAGCUUUGGUGGGUGGAAGGGCUACAGCUAGUUUGGUAGCUGCAGUUUGGAAAGAAUCGGAAGAGGUGCUCAUCAAAAGACUUUGGGGAGACAAUGCAGCGGCAAUCAGCUUGGCAACGGGAGAAGGUCAGGGAAGCUGGCGAACGAGACAUCUUCGCAUCAGAGCGGCGAUUUUGAGAUCAGCACUCUGGCAAAAUGAAUGGCAUCUUGGUCACUUGAAGGGGCGUGAGCUUGUGGCGGACUCCUUCACCAAGAUCGUUGAUGGUGCCUCUUUUGAACGAGCGUUGCAAGAUCUUUGCGUUGUGGCUGAUGCGAAGAAGUCCAAAAGUGAGAUCAUAGGAGGAAGUGACAAAGCAAGGGCGAAGAUCGCUAUGCUGGUGGGUGCUACGAUGCUCUCUGGCGCAGCUGCAACGGAGGAGGAUGAGGAGAACGAAGAGCAGUCCUGGUUUUGGACCAUUGGCUUAAUCCUGAUGAGCGUGGGAGCAGUCUACAUUUUUAGCACGAUCGUCCGAAGCGGCAUUUGGCUUCACAAUCGACUGCUGGGGUCAUCGGGUAGCUAUGAUGGAGAUGGAAUCAAAGGACAAGCUGAACCUCCUCAACUUAGGAUGUUGCAGCAUAGCAGCGGAGAAGAAACAGCAGAGAGGCGUGGUAGAAUCAAUCAACAGCGGGCCACGUAUGCUUCGCCGGUGAACAUGUCAGAGAUUCAAGAGAUGGUGGCGCAAAGCCAUGCAGAUCAACAUGAUCCACACAACAAAAUGCAUGGUCGUGACGUGGCAAACUGGUCUUCCAGUGAGGAUGAUCACAAGCCUCAGCGACCUGUGAAGCUUCACACAAGUGAUCAACUUCCAAAACGGCGAAAGAAGAAGGGAAAAGGCGGCAGAGCCAAACAAGAUGAUGAUUUUGAUGAGGCUGCGAUUGAACGGAGUUGGCAGUCCAUGCUUGGAACGACCAGGAAUCUUUUUGCAGCUUCAACGUUGACAAGAGGGCCACAGUCGGGCUAUAGCAGUGCGGCAAAAGGAUCGUCAUCAAAGGGCAUGGGGUCUAGAGCGGGAUCCAACAGAGCUGAGGUUGAACAGACUGCGUCAUCAUCAUCAUCAUCAUCAUCAUCAUCAUCACAGCAGGUGUCUUCACGAUCGGGCCUCAGCAUUGCCGGGCAGAGUGGUGUUGCCGGGCAGAGUGGGCAAAGUGGUGAUGCCGGGCAGAGUGGUGCUGCUUCUGCGGCGGCUGGUUCUAUUUCCUCUAGCUCGAGGACACGAUCGGGCACCAGCAGUGCGGCUGCAGCUGAACAUGAGCGGGGCAGUAGUGUCUCACAUCAAAAUUCCUGGAACGAAUUCCAGAAGAGUUAUAGCGGUAGGGGCUGGGGCUCUGAUCGCAUGCGUGCCGAAUAUUGGCACUACAGGGCCACUGGCAAGAAACCUUUGUAG